UUCUCAUUACAGGUAACUUCAGAUCACAUCUGUUAACUACUCCUCACCUCCUUAGAUAACUACCUUUCCCCCAACUCUCUCUCUCUCUCUCUCUCUCUCUCUCGCCACACCCCCUUCCCCCAAUGGGUAUCAAAGAAUUCAUGAUCUCCUUCAUCUUCACUUCAAUUCUGUUCACCCUCCUCUUCAUCCCAACCAUCUUAACAAGACCCAUUACUGGUUUGCGGCCUGCCGACCUCCCGGGCCUUCCCCAGCCUGCCAAAGCCUUCCCUGUCUCCUUCGCUUACCUCAUCUCCGCUUCGAAAGGUGACAUCGACCGGCUGAAACGAGCCCUCCGUGUGUUGUACCACCCCGCCAAUCACUACCUCCUCCACCUGGACGUCGAUGCCGACCCCGCCGAACGGCUCGCCCUGUCCGAAUUCGUCGCCGGAGAGCCCACAUUCGCCCAUUUCGGCAAUGUGUGGAUCGUCGGGAAGUCGAAUUUGGUCACUUACAGGGGAUCCACCAUGCUUGCAAACACUCUCCAUGCAAUGUCUAUGCUCCUCAGGACCUGCAAAUGGGACUGGUUCAUCAACCUCAGUGCCUCUGACUACCCUUUGGUGACUCAAGAUGAUCUGAUACACGCCUUCUCCAAUUUGCCCAGGCAUCUCAAUUUCAUACAGCACAGCAGCCACUUGGGUUGGAAACUGAAUAAGAGAGCGAAGCCGAUAAUGAUAGAUCCUGGGCUCUACAGUCUCAACAAAUCAGAGAUUAUGUGGGUUACAAAGCAGAGGACCCUUCCUACCGCUUUCAAGCUAUACACAGGUUCGGCUUGGAUGAUAUUAUCAAGAUCUUUUUCGGAGUACAGUGUAGUGGGGUGGGACAAUCUCCCAAGAACUCUCCUUCUUUACUAUACGAACUUCGUAUCAUCUCCCGAGGGCUACUUCCAAACACUCAUCUGCAACUCCAACGAUUACAAGAACACAACCGUCAAUCACGAUCUCCACUACAUUGCAUGGGACACACCACCUAAGCAGCACCCGAGGUCACUCGGAUUGAAAGAUUACAGGAGAAUAAUCUUAAGCAAUGCCCCAUUUUCUCGCAAGUUCAAGAAAGACGACCCAGUGCUUGACAGGAUUGACCGUGAAUUGCUCAGAAAGCGGGACGGGCUAUUCGCGUUUGGUGGGUGGUGUUUAGGGAGGGGAGAGAGCUCCGGGAGGUGCACAGAUUUUGGUAGGGGUGAGGAGUUGGGAGUUCUGAAGCCUGGAGCUGGUGCAAGGAGACUGAAAGUUUUGAUAGCAAAGAUGCUAAAUAAGAGAAAUUUCAAAAGAAGGCAAUGUGGAUGACUUUUUUAUUUUUAUUAUUUUUUAAAAAUGUCUACUCUUAAAAAAAAAAACCAGUGAAAGCAUUGUGUGCACACUGUCUGCACCAAGAGUCAGUAGACACUUAUCUCCGACCAUUUAAUACGAUAGGCAGGAAUCCAAAACAUAUUCUAACAAA